ACUGACACUGAUUCUCCACCAAAGAUCUUUGCGCCACCUUACCCCUUCCAUAAUAUGACUAUAUAUCAUCUGAUGUCCUGGAUGAAUUCUGGUAACAACCUAGUUUCCAAAACAAAAAUCUCGCACCUUGUCAAAAAUGUCAUACUAGUACAGGAUUUUGACUGCCAGCACCUUGAGAACUUCUCUGUGAGGCAGAGUUUGCAAAAACUGAAUAGAGACAAGGCUAGCAAAAAAAUAGUCGUUCCCAAUGACUGGAUUCAGACUAGUGUCACUAUCAACAUUCCAACAAAGUCCAAGGAGGAUGGCCCUCAGCCUUAUACUGUCCCUGGAUUCUAUUAUUGUCCCCUCGUCAACUUGAAAGUAAUAUGCAUCGCAUUCACAGAUGUCCAAGCCAGAGUAUUCCAUUUCCUCGCUUUCAAAUGUUUGUAG